AUGGAGGACGACCAAGCUCCUACAACUACUGCUGAACAGCAGAUGCAACAACUGUUUGCCUUUAUACAAAAUAUAGCAAACAAACUUGAGAAUUUGGAAAACACCUUUCAAGCCAACACUUCAGCAACACAAUAUUCAACUCAGACACAUCAUACAGAGCUUCCCACAGCUCCUCUGGCUAUGUCGGGUACCCCAGGUGCACUUCCUAAAGUGCAAACACCAGAUUUAUACCAUGGAGACAGGAGGAAGUUGAAGGGAUUUCUUAUGCAACUGGACAUCUACUUCACCCUCAGGCCUCAUCAGUUCACCUCAGACAUUCAGAAGAUCUAUUUCGCUGCCAGCUAUAUCAUCAACUCUUGA